AAAGCUUUAAAGAGGAAGAAUCUUACUUUUGGUUCCUUUUUCUGGUGAGCUCAUGCCUUGUGGUCAAAGAUUUCUCUGACGGAAGAAAAACUUUUGGAUUGAGCUCUGGAGGGGAAUUUGUUUUCAUGGUAUUGGUUCUAAGUUGUGUUCAUUAAGGAUCGAUGGAAGGUAAUUUAUCAGCAGGAAACAUGAUUCCAGGUGCUCCUUAUGGAGUUCUGGACUUGCAGGGAUCGAUGCAUGUUCAUCACCAACAACAUCCGCACACCCUGCACCAACAACACUCCCAUCCUCACCAGGGUUCUAUGGUCCAGCCACCCAUCCAUGAUGUCUUCCCCCUCACGGUAGGGAACAUGCAUGAAUGUGAUCAGCACAUCAACCUUGUGGAUUAUAACAAGGGUGAGAAGGCCAGGAAUUCAAGUGAUGAAGAUGAGCCUAGCUUAAAUGAAGAUGGCAAUGAUGGCCAUAACGACACAGGCAAAGGGAAGAAGGGUGCUCCAUGGCAGCGCAUGAAGUGGACUGAUUCGAUGGUUAGGCUUCUGAUUACUGCUGUUUCUUACAUAGGAGAGGAUGCUGCCUCCGAUUGUGGCAGCGGGGGAAGAAGAAAAUUUGCAAUCCUACAGAAGAAGGGGAAGUGGAAAUCAGUCUCAAAGGUCAUGGCUGAGAGAGGAUGUUUUGUCUCGCCCCAGCAAUGUGAGGACAAGUUCAACGACUUGAACAAAAGAUACAAGAGGCUUACGGAUGUCCUUGGGAGGGGAACUUCUUGCAAGGUUGUUGCAACCCCUGCCCUGUUGGACAUGAUGGACCUCUCUGAAAAAGCAAAGGAGGAUGUUAGGAAGAUAUUGAGCUCGAAGCAUCUGUUCUAUGAAGAGAUGUGCUCCUAUCACAAUGGGAAUCGACUUCACCUCCCAGCUGAUCCAGCUCUGCAGCGAUCCUUGCAAUUGGCUCUAAGGAGUAGGGAUGAUAAUGAGACUAAGAGGCACCCACAAGACGACGUUGAUGAAGAAGAUCAUGAUGUAGAAACUGAUGAUUGUGAUGAUGAAUCUGAGGAGAAUCAUGCCUUACUUGGGGAUAAUAGGGGAACAUUUGGUGUUCCUGGGUCAUUUGCAAAGAGGAUGAAACAUGGACAGGAUCAUGAAGACGUGAAUUUUGGGAACCCCUCAAGUUGUCAGGAUCGUAACAAAAGAUCCCAAUCCCAUGCACAAAUCACACCUCCUGACAUGAAUCAAGUGUUCCCUGAAGGGUCCAAAGAGGCUUGGUUACAGAAGCAGUUGAUGCAAUCUCGCUUACUUCAGUUGGAAGAGCAGAAGUUACAAAUUCAAGUACAAAUGUUGGAUUUGGAGAAACAGAGGUUCAAGUGGCAGAGAUUUAGCAGAAAGAAAGAUAGGGAGCUGGAUAAGCUGCGAAUGGAAAACGAGAGAAUGAAGCUUGAAAAUGAGCGUAUGGUAUUGGAUUUGAAACGUAAGGAGUUAGAAAAUGUUUAUAACUGAAUGGCUUGAGCUCACACUUGCUGCAAUGAGUGUUCUUUAUUGUGAGUAAUCUGUGGUUGAUUUUCACUGGAAGUAUAUAUUUGAUGAAUGCGUACUUCUUCCUUUUUGUUUUCCC